AUGUACUUCAAGGCAGCAAAAUCGUUUUUGCUAGUUAUAUUUUUUGGAAAUAUAAUGGCAAACGCCGCUAAGUUGGAGUUUACAAAUAUUAAAUGUCAUGCAAAGGACACUGCAUUUUUAGACUUCGAGUACUGUUUCAUAAAAUCCGUCAAUCGGACCUAUAAGUACAUAUCACUCAAGGCCAAUAUGCACGAAAUACCCAUUACAAACGCAUCGGCAAAACUUCAAAUUUUGCGGAGAUUUCGCUCCUACAUGCCCAUAACCAUAGCCGCCAGCAUCGAUAUUUGCAAGUUCAUGGCAUACAAGAAGGACUUGGCGAACCCAAUGCUCAGGCUUUUCGAGGAAAUUACCACAAAUUACACAAAUACCAACCAUAAAUGUCCCUAUGAUCACGACCUUAUCGUAGAUAAGCUUCCCUCCCGAUUUCUGAGUGAGCACUUCACCAAUAUCCUUCCACUUCCACCGGGCGAAUACAGUUUUAACAGCAAAUGGCUCAGCAAAAACAUCGAACGGGCCACUAUCUGCAUAUAUAUCACUAUAUCAUAA